UUUAAGACAACGCCCAACUCGAAGAGGUCAUUCUGCAAGCUUGCCACUGAAGAAUGAAGUGUACCAUGACGGUUAAAGGAUUUUGGCAUAUUUUUGUGCUCAUCAUCCUCUCAUCAUUUAUUCAAUCGAAUGUUGCUCAGAUAUUCAUCGGUGAUAACACCUCACCGGGAAUUCUCUAUGCUCCACUACCGGAACCCAGGGAUGACAACAACAUCUUGGAGUCGCGCUUUACUCUGAUACCUCUUGCUGAUGACAGCACCGUAUCGGGGAUCGACUACGACCCAGGGAAUGAUAUGGUAUACUGGAGCGAUUUCAGCAAUGAUCAGAUAUGUCGGAUCCCCACUGAUGGAGAGAGUCCCCAAGAAGUAAUAAUAUCGACAUCCAGUCCACAUACCAUCGCUCUUGAUCUUGGGAAUGGGAAAAUCUUCUGGUCGAUGUACAAUGACGCAUCUCUCUCAAUGGCCAAUCUAGACGGUAGCUCCGUAGAUACAAUUUACACUUAUGAAGGAUUUAAGCAACCUACUUUGAUCAUGUGGGACCCCUUCUCUGAGUACGUUUUCUGGACGGCACGCUUCGCUAACGAAGUUGCGAAAUUACACCAGAAUUCCAACGACACGGGGGUGGUGAUACCCGUUACUGCAGAAGCAAUGGCUCUGGAGCGGUGUGCUGAUGAUACUACCCGUUUGUUUUACUACACGAAUUACACUAAAUUGGGCGUCAUCAAUGCUGACGGGAGCGAGGAUCACACAAUCGAGGUAUUUUCCACCCCAUCUCUGGGCGAAUCCCUCAUUAGCAAGUAUGGAAGCAAGCUACUCUGGGUGGGUAUGGGAUUCGAUCAAGAGUUCAGCAUAUACGAGUACGAUCUGAAGUUCUCUUCUCUCACCCUACGUAACACGUCGGUGACUCUACAUGACGGCAGUUCAUAUACCAUCAAAUCUCUAGGAACAUUACGGGUCAUUUCAAACACUCCAUAUGACCAACCAGUUGCCAUAGAAGGAUGUCCUGAGAACAUCGUAGCUGUGAUUGACGACAACGCCACAAACGCCGUUAACACAUCGUCGGUCAACUGGACUGAACCUGUUUUGAACAGUUGGUCCAGCUGUCCUAUAAUGAACUUCCUAGGACCAGGAACUAAUGGCGGGGAUUACCCUGUUGGCAUAACCGAGGUUUCCUAUCAAGCAACAGAUGCGGCAGGAAACAGCGAUAGAUGCACAUUUAUAGUGACGGUUCGAAGGGGCUCUGAUGUAGCGGUUCUCACAGACGCACCACCGGUUCACACAGAUGCACCAAGCACUAAACGUGGUUGUGUUCGCUCUCAUUCUGGUGGCGUCACUAUAUCUUCAAGUUUUUCAACCAUGGCCAUUGCCCUCACCGUCUACUUCUCAGUCGGACAUGUCGGAAAAUCCGUGCUGACAUAGGUUAAGAAGCAACCAAAUAAUCUCCAUCCUCUUCAUGUAAACUAAUUAGAGGCCAGCCUAUAAGCAUGUACUGCCAAAAAAAUGAUAUUAUAAACCUUCCAGCGGCUACCCUAAGGAGAACGAGGGAUAAUCGUUCGCAAUUAUUAACCCCAAGUAUUAAAAAAAGGAAACAAGAAAAGGGGGAAAGGGUCGAUAAAUGUAUCGAGAAGAGAUGUUAUAAUGAACUUGCUAUAUAGUUGUCUUGGUUAUAGAUAACAAUUAUCAAACUUGCCUUUCGAAAUAAAUGUUUCACAAUAUCCUGUAUGUAUUCCGCCCUCU